UCUUCUCUACCGGACGUGCUGCUCUCCUCGGUGUUGUGACAACAUGGCGGCCCUGUGGAAGGUUGUUUCCAGCGUCAGGACGUGUGGAGUCCGUCUCCCCGCCGACAGGUUCUCCAGAACCUCCUCCUCCUUCAGCUCGGACUCCGGCAGCGACCAGAGACCCAGAACCGGCGGCUUCGCUGCCGCCUUCGACCUUCAGUCGGAGCUCCGGCGACGGCGGGAGGUGGAGAACUCCGUGGCCGACGGCAGCGUCUCUUCCCCUGGGCAGGAACACAGCUUCGCCUCGCUGCUGCGCCGGUCCCCGCUGAUCCAGAUGGGACCGGCCAAAGACAGAGUGGUUAUCGGGAGGAUCUUCCACGUAGUCCAGGACGACCUGUACGUCGAUUUCGGCGGGAAGUUCCACUGCGUUUGCCGGCGGCCGGCGGACGGAGAGAAGCUACAGCGGGGGAGCAGAGUCCGUCUGCGGCUGCAGGAUCUGGAGCUCACUGCCCGCUUUUUGGGAGCCAACACCGACACCACGCUGCUGGAGGCCCAGGCCGUACUGCUGGGCCCGCUGGAGGGAAGGGAAGCCCGGGAGAACCAGAACCAGGACUGAGCGGGGAGGACUGUCACAGCCUGCUGAAGCUUAAAUGACAGGUUUCCUAAAGGGAGUCUGGCGGGACUCGGACUGUGGACUCGUUGAAAUACAUUUCAGUCUGUUUAAACUCUUUAGUUCAGAAGGGUGAAGUUUCCGUGAAGUGAUUAUAAUAAAUAUUCUUUGUAUUAACA